AUGUCUUCCAUUGAUAUGCGAAUCAUCGACUCCUCUGCAAAAUUCACUCCUGGCACGGUAUCUGGUUCGAGCAUGAUAACCGAACUCGAUAAAGAGAAGAACCAUGGUUGGAAGACCGAUUCGAAAACGCUUUUUGAACCCGACUCUGUGACCGCGAGGCGGGAAGUGCUGAACGAUGCAGAAGAGAAGGAAGACGACAAGCGUCUGACGAAGUCGAGAACGAUGACCUUGCUCGGCGGAAAAAUCAAACUGAGAGGCAUAGAGGACGACGACCCAACCGAUUGGUGGUUCGCAAGUACAGCCAUACCGCUGCUCGCUGCUGCUUUUGCUCCGAUGGCGAACAUGCUCAGCAUUGCUGCUUUAGUUGUCUACUGGCGCAACGAUGUGACUACACCAGACGAUCCUGCCACGAAAUAUAGCCUUAGUGUCGGUAUUCGGGAUCCCCAAUGGUGUUUGAACCUCAAUGGAACCUCCUUAGCAUGCGGCUUCAUUGGCAAUAUAUUCCUGUUAUGCAACUUCACCCGCAAAAUACGGUACAUAGUUGCCCUACCCGUCACAAUCCUGCUCUUCUAUCUGGCUGCUGGUAUGCUUACCGGAUGCUUGGUGGGGAUAUACGUGUAUGACCCCGCGACAGAAGGCCAGGUUUAUAGCCAAGGGUUCUGGACAGCCGUCAUUGCUGCCUGUCUCUACAUGGGUAAUGCCAUGCUUCUGAUGAUCAACAUGCUUGGCUAUUUUCGAGGACAUUAUCCACAACAUUUCGAUAUCAACGAUGAACAAAGGAACUUGAUUCUUCAAGCAAUGAUUUUCUAUUUCUGGUUGGCCGCAGGUGCAGCGGUGUUUGCCAAAAUUGAGUCAUGGGACUACUCUGAUGCUUUGUACUUUGGUGUCGUCACUACACUUACAAUAGGGUUUGGUGAUUUCCAUUGCUCAACAACAGCCGGACGUGCUCUUGUCUUUCCUUUUACUGUGUUUGGUAUCAUAACUCUAGGUCUUCUUAUUAAUUCGCUUCACAAGUUUGCGCAAGAGAUCAGCAAGGAGAAAGUCGUCAAGCAACAUAUCGAGGCAAGAAGGGUAAGAACCCUGAAACGAGCGGGGACUGUUCAAAGUGGCCCUUCGACGCCGCUUCAGGAGACAAAGUCAGUCCCGCUCGAUGCUCCAAAAACCCUCGGUGGUAUGGAUGAACAAAUCAACCUCGACCACAGCAGGCAACGCACGAUCGACUUCAACAUGUUACCAAAAGAAAAGCCCGGUUCAGCGCCAGAACAAUCCAGCUUCAAGCAAAACCAGGAUUCACGUGGCCUUCUAGGUUUCUCGCUUGAAAAAGUGAUCUCACUACGGCAGCGCACGUCGAUUCUCAUACCGUCUCGUAGACAAAAGGUCUUGCUCAUGCAUUCAGAGAGAGCAAAGUUUAUGAAAAUGCGUUCUAUCCAGUCAGCUGCGAAGCGCUUCAAGAGCUGGUAUGCCCUUUCAAUGUCUAUCGUCGCCUUCGGUCUUUUGUGGUGCAUCGGCGCGCUCGUCUUCUGGCAGCUUGAGUAUGAAACACAAGGCAUGACCUACUUUACUUCCUUAUACUUUUGUUACGUAUCUCUACUUACUAUUGGAUAUGGCGAUCAAUCACCGCUUUCCGCUGCUGGACGGCCGUUCUUUGUGUUCUGGGCUUUGAUCGCUGUGCCAAUAAUGACAAUUCUCGUUUCAGAUCUUGGCGAUACAGCUAUUGGUGGCUUCAAGAGAAAAGUGCUUGAUUACGGGGGUCUAGCUUUCCUUGGCAAAGGUCGUGGCUGGGGCGUAGACUGGUUCACUGAAAGAAGAGAGGACUUCCAAAGACGGCUUUCUGUGGUUGGCAUUUCACUCGAAGAAGGCCACAAGCUUGAGACGCGCCACGAGCACGGCUCACAUGGAAAGAGGAACAAGGCUGAGUCAGGAAAUGGCGGUGAAGAGAAUCACCUGCCACGAACCAUCGAAGAGCUGGCGAGAGAAGAGUUCAAUGAGUCAAGACUGACCGAACAGCUUGCCUACGCUUUGCAGCAAGUGGCGAACGACAUGAAGCAUAGUCCUUCGAAACAGUACUCGUAUGAGAUGUGGGUCGAGUUUACACGGCUGAUUCGGUUCUCACGCUUGGAUACGAGCAAAUUGUUGGAAGAAGACGAAGCUAUGCACGGGCUUGUGGAAUGGGACUGGCUUGAUUCCGACAGUCCCAUGACCAGUGAACAAAACGAACCUGAAUGGGUGAUGGAUCGCCUUCUUGAGAGCCUGCUACGCACUUUCAAAAAGCGUGAUAUUGAAGCUCGAUUGGUAAUGGCUAAUGCCAGUGCUGACAAUUGUGGUAAGUUCAAAGGACCUCCAGAACAAAGUGCGUCUCGUUCGACUGUUCUCGACGUCGAGAACGAUCGCGAGAAUAAAGAGCCCAGUUAG